CGACGCCAAUAAAAGAAAAUAUUUCCCAUUCAAUAUCUUAUUGGCUGCAGUUCUACCUUAUAAAUAUUGUUACUAUGAGUAUGAUCUAUACUGUAAAAGACAUUGGCGAUUUAGAUUGGCAAUUGAAAUCAGUUGGACCAACAAUUGUUUUAGUUUAUUUCUAUACAAAUGCUUGCGGUCCAUGCACACCAAUGACUCCACAAUUGAAUAUUUUUGCAAGAGCUUACGGCGACAAGUUGCACAUCGUCAAGGUUGAUGUUGAUAACGAAGAAAGUGCAGGAUUAGUUGAAAAAUACGAGAUUCAGAAAGAGUUGCUUCCAGUUUUUGUUUUUAUUAGAUGUGGCCUUAUACUCGGUAAAUUGCAUGGUUGCGACACAGAAAGCUUAGAAGAUUACAUUGAUGGUCUUGAACCAAGAACACCAUUUUAACUUUAAGCUGCAAUGUUCUGUUAAAUGAUUGAUUGAAUAAAAGAGUUGUUAAUUUGAUACAUAA